UCACCUGGACCUCGUCGUCCUUGCGGAUGGGCAUGGACCUCACGUUGUACUUCUGCCGCAGCUCCUUGGAGAGCGGGGAGGACAUGAUCUUCCUGCGGAUGUGAGACGGGGCGUUGAAGUGCCUCUUGCGGUUCUUGCGCCGGGACGACGUGACAAACGGAUUCAGCUUCAUGAUGGCUGAGGGCGAGGCCAACAGGAGGGGAGUUAGAGGAUUUGAGCAAACGGUGUUUGUUCCAUUGAUGAUUUACGUGAUGGUGCUCCUCGCGCUGGCGGAACAGAAGGAGAGGCGGAAAGACGGGAAAGGCGGGAGGCGAAAACAGGGCCGGACCAAUAACAGAAUCCUGCAACAAAACUCCACUUUACAGAACAGCUCGCCCGAUCCUAUACUGGGAGGCGUGGAUGGCGGCGACCCCCAGGUGGUCUGGGAGGAGGACUUUGAGAAGAGCAUCGAAGAAAUGGUGAAGCAAGUGAGGAAUAACACGGCGCUCUCCAAGAACAAGUGCGUGGUGGACCGGCAGCUGUGGAUGUCCAACACCCGGAGCCUGUCUCCGUGGUCUUACAGGAUCAACCACGACGAGAACCGCAUUCCCGUGGACAUCCCGGAAGCGAAGUGCUCGUGCGUGGGCUGCAUCAACCCCUUCACCAUGCAGGAGGACCGCACCAUGUCCAGCGUGCUCAUCUACACCAAGAUCCCCGUGCGCCGGCGCCUGUGCGACCGGAUGUCCAAGAAGCCGCGCAAGAAGAAGAAGUGCGUGCCGCUGUACAGGACGGUGGUGGAGAGCAUCGCCGUGGGCUGCACGUGCAUCGUGUGACACCGGCAGCGACCGGCCCCUCUCAUCGUCCUCCUGCAACGUCGUUUUGUUACCCAUUAAUUCGUACCCCGGUAAACUAAUUGACAUGUCUGUGUCCGUGUGUUUGUAAGAUUGUAAUUACGUUUUUCGUUGCUCUUUAUUUGGCUAAAACUGCUGUAACCUUACUGAUAAUUCCAUCAGCUACAAACGAGGAAUUCGUGUUGAUAGUGCUGUUUGUUGACCAAGUAUUGCCUGUAUGUGAUUAUGAAACUGAAAGACAGAAAUUAAUUGUGCAGCACCUCCUCAUUCUCUAACGCUACCCGUGAAUAAGUGUACAUAGCAUGUUUCAGUUACAAUAAUAUUCUUUGUAAAUGUAAAGAAAACAAAACCAAUAUUUCUGUUGAUCUCUGUGUCUCUACCUGGAGAAACACACACCUGU